AAGAAAUAUAAAGUUAAGUAAGGUAUUAGGAUUAAGACUGAAUCUCUGUUCAAGUUUCCAUCACAUCAGUGGUAACAACUUUAUUUAUAGAUGAUUUGGAACAGUUAUUGGAAACUACUGAAAUGAUAAAUCAGACAUUCAAUGCUGAAUUCAUUCUGCUUGGAUUUGGAAACAAUCAGAUACUACAUAUUCCUCUCUACUGGCCCUUCUUCUUCAUCUACAUGGGGACCAUGGCUGGAAACCUAUUUAUUAUUCUGCUGGUUGUUUUUGAUCAACACCUCCACAUUCCCAUGUAUUUUUUCCUUGGGAACCUUUCAUACUUGGAGGCCUGUAGCAGUUCAAACAUCUUACCACAAAUGCUAUUCAACUUACUUACUGGAAGUAAACUGAUUUCUUAUACCACUUGCUUUGUGCAACAUUAUUUUUUUGGUUCUUUUGUAUCUGUGGAAUGUUACCUGUUGUCUGCAAUGUCGUAUGACCGGUAUUUAGCUAUAUGCAAACCACUACGUUAUACUACCAUGAUGAAUGGCAGAAUAUGUUUUAAACUGAUAGCCUAUUCUUGGAUUAGUGGUUUUUUAGCAAACACUAUUACACUGAUUAUCAUAUCCAAAUUAGUUUUCUGCAAUAAUAGAAUUGAUCAUUUCUUUUGUGACACCUUCCCAAUUAUAGAAUUAUUUUGUGGGGACACAUAUGCUUUAAAAGUUUUUCUUUAUGUUUUAAGCUCAAUAUUUACUUUCCCACCAUCUAUAUUAACUCUAACAUCUUACACAUUUAUCAUUGUAGCCAUAAUGAGAAUGCCUUCCACUGUAGGAAAACAAAAGGCAUUUUCCACCUGUUCUUCUCAUCUCUUGGUAGUGACUAUUUUUUAUGGGACUCUGAUGAGUAUCUAUGUAGUACCUAACACUAACAAACUGAAUGGGCUUCAUAAAGUAUUCUCUGUGAUCUACACCAUAAUAACCCCCAUGCUUAAUCCUAUUAUAUACAGUUUAAGAAAUAGAGAAGUAAAGGAUUCUUUGAGAAGACUUUGUUACAUUUUGUUCAAGUUUAGAAAAAUAUAAAAAGAGUCAAAAUAUGUUCCUCUUAUAUUCUUAAAUGAAAUACUUUAUUUUCUUCUUAUAGUUUAGAUAAUAUUUCAUUCAUUGAUUGUUCUAUCUUCAAAAUCAGUUCUAUAGAUAAAUGUUUAAUCAGAAAACAAAAACUGCUUAAUUUUAUGUGCAUCAAAAUAUUAUAUGUAUCAUUUUUGGCUAAAAAUGAAAAGUUAUGAGCAUCACACUUGGGGUUUUCAGUUUAUGUGAAGUUUUACAAAUUUACUGAUAUUGUUUAGUCAAAUAUUAGAAUUAAUCUAGCAAAUGUUAUUAAAAGGCAUAAUAAAGCUCAAAGUUUAUUUAUUAAAAAUAUGUUAAUUAGGAAAAAUUAUUACAUGGCUUUUAAAUUUUGGCUCCCAUCCUCCUACAAGU